GCAUUGACAACCAAGAUAAACUCUCUUUAAGAAACAGACCAAAAAUGGCCAUGGAGCAAUACAUUCCAGAACCUCUGACACACUACGACUCCAACAUAGAAGAGGAUACUUCCAUAGCAAAGUGGAAAUCUUUCUCAGCCGCUGUUGAUGAGUGUGAAAAUACUCAAUUCGGUGGUUUUGACUGCAACAUCUGCCUAGACUUUGUGCAGGACCCUGUAGUGACACUCUGUGGUCACCUUUACUGCUGGCCUUGCAUUUACAAGUGGAUUCAUUUCCAGAGCAUCUCCGAUGAAAACCAAAGCCAGCAACAGCUGCAGUGCCCUGUAUGCAAGGCUGAAAUUUCAGAAAAAACAUUAGUUCCUCUCUAUGGCCGCGGCCAAACUACAAAACCCUCCGACAGCAAGGUUCUGCAUCUCGGUAUAGUUAUACCAAGGAGGCCACCCAGUCCUAGGUGCGGACCACACUCCUUGAUAGCAUCUACAACCAACACUAGUCCGCGACCAUCUCAGCAACGUAAUCAUGGAAGCUAUCCACAACAGCCACAAAUGCACUACCCUAAUGGUGGCAGCUAUGCUGACACACCCAUGCUUGGCCUUGGUGGCACGACAACGACAACUUCAUUCCAUCCAUUGAUUGGAAUGCUUGGGGAAAUGAUUUACGCAAGGAUUUUUGGUGACUCAGAAACAACUCUUCAUACUUAUCCACAUUCUUAUCGUAUGGCUGGUAGUAGUAGUCCAAGGGUGAGAAGGCAUGUAAUGCAGGCUGACAAGUCACUUGGCAGAGUGUGUUUUUUCCUCUGCUGCUGUGUAGUUCUCUGUCUUCUCUUAUUCUAAUAACCCUUUUAUUCUUCUGCCUUCCCAUUGUAAAAAUUAUCAAAACAAGCAUAGAACCAAUGCGCUCGACUCAGCCCGAUAUAAUAGAUGAUAAGAGCUUAUUCAUCUAUAGUGUUUUAUGCAUAUAUGAUUAUGAUUCUUUUUUUGAGCUUAUAGGAGAGGUCAAAUUCUGCGCUCUUCUAAUUGCUUAGAUGGGUAAGCUACCUUGGACAAACCAAUGCCACCAGAAACAAGUGCCUACAGGACAUGCCAUUGAAAUAGAUAAGUUUGAUGGAUGGUUUUGAUGGGUAAAUAGGCCAUGUUUAGGGAUAGCAGUGGGCCAGAAAAUGGGGAUUUGUCCAAAUUUACUCUAUUU